AAAAUGUUUUUCUCCAAGCUUGGAUCAUUAUGCACUAGGAUGGAUUUUCGUGAUGCCAAUAUUCCAGCCGCCUCUUUCCACACCGUUGCAGCUAUUCUGGCAAUUUUCGCAAUGAUGUCUACAGACUGGAUUCUCAUUGAAGAUAUGAGCACAAAAAACGGCACAACCGACAUCGACGCUUUGCAGGUGGCUCAACUUUACAUGAAGAACACAGAACCCUGUCAUGCAAUUGGAUGUCACAAUUUUUGGGAAGCCGUCCGAUUUGGAGGAUAUGUCGAUGCUGCUGGAAACUCUCAUGUGGCAUUUCAUACACCGACCCGAGUUCUCGUUGACUGCAUAACACCAUCAACAGCAAACUAUUUCUACAUUCUCAUAGCUCUUUGUUUUGUAAUUUCUGCAACAUCAUCUCUUUGUGCCACCAUGAGCCUUCUCCCUCCACCAGCUCCAUUUCUCGCGUGGCUCCGCAGUAAUUCCAUUUUGGAAAUGUCCAAUAUGAUGCUUACUCUUUGCUGCUGCACAAUUGCCAUCAUUGCGCAAACCGACAUUUCCGACCAACGCGAAGACGACAUCGUUGCCAUUGGCGCUGGAGUUUUCCUCGUGUGCAUUUCUGGUCUUUUGUCCUUUCUUGCAGCAAUGGCUAGCAUUCGUCACAGCAAUCGCAAAACUCGAAUGCGCAGAAUUGACAACCAGCGUCUUCUUUGUGCACGCUCACUACGCUCAUGGAGGGAUGCAGGGCGCCGUUCGGAGGACGUUUGUCCGAUCGUUGAUUUUGAGAGAUAUUUGGACGAUUGCACCGAACUCGAGCAAACAUCUUCCCAAUCAACUUCACAGUCCAAUCCAGCCGUUUGAACUAAUUUUCUAAGGCUACACGCUAGCAUUUUCAUCAAGCACCGCACAUGUAUUUAAAUCAAACAUUCUUGUACCUUUCCCAGACAUAGUCAUUUUCUGCUUUGUAUACUUUAAGCAAUUGUGAAUUCUAGUUGUGAAUCUCUCCGGUUUUGAAACCACCUUUUCUUUCUCCCCCUUGCAAAAUAUAGUCCGGUUAAUACUCAAGUAGUAUUUCUCCUGUAUUGUUUCUGUAUCGUUUCCCACCAUCGAAACCCAUACCAUGUUUCUGUGCAAUUCCAUUUUCAAACUCCAUGAUCUUUUUCCCUGAUGCUUUUAUUUUCCAUUUCAAUUCCAAAGACCUUGCUGCUUCUAUAGGUGUCCUACAAUUAUGGCUUUAACUUUUUCAAAAAAUUUUUUACAUUAUGGUAACUUUCAAUAUUGAACUUGUGGAAUAUUUUUAAUUAAUAAACAAGUAUGUAUU